UGAAAAAUUCAAACAAAUGAUUUUUCCACAAAUUAUUUCCUCUUGUUGACUUCUAUCUCAAAGAAAAAAACAAAAAAAAUUGUGGUGGAGUGUUAACUACUUCAUCAGUAAUCAGAAGGUUUGGGUUUGAGCCUUCUUGAGUAUAUAAUUGUCUUUGUUAGAAUACGUAUAAACCCUAAUUUGGAACUACUUCCCGAUACGAAUUCAAAUUCAAUCUGCUUCAAUAUGAAUAUCGGACACUCGACUGAAAAAACAAAAAGCAAAAGUAAAACUGCUCUUACCAUUUCCUGUUUUACUCAUUAAUUUUAAAAAAUCCCUUUUGUCUCUUUUAUUCAACCAUUUUCUUCCCAUUAUCUAUCACCAUCAUCUCUUGUAUUGACUUCUGUCACUGAAAAAUGAUAAAAAGUCGUGAUGGAGUGGUAAGUACUCUUUCAUUUUUCAUCAGAAGUUCAAGUUUGAGUGUAGUUAGUUACAAAGUCAUCUUUAUUAAUCUUUACCUUCAAUAUGAAAUUUCAUUGAUAUCAAACACCAAGUUGAAAAACCAAAAAAUACUUCAUUUCACUUUGUUUCUUCAUCUUUGACAGCGGCUGAUCAGUUUGCACAGGUGAUCUCUUUCUCCGACUCGAAAUCCGGAAAAUCUCAUCUGGAGAAAUGGAAAGAGUAACCCCUUCAAUUUUGUGUAGUCUCUGUGUUAUUGUGUUGAUUCUACUUCUAUCUGAUACAUCAGUGGCUGAAUCGACAUCUCAGAUAGUCCAGAUCGUAUGUGGAAACGAAACGGGGGCUAACGUCACAAAUUAUAUGGAUACAACGAAAAACAUAAGUCAACAAAUGAGAACUAGAGGAUAUGGAGUAGCAGUUACCGGUACUGGAUUAGAUACUAACUAUGCACUUGCCCAAUGCUAUAAUAAUUUUUCUUUAGUCGACUGCGUCUUAUGCUUCACUGAAGCGGAAGCUCUCCUGCCCCAAUGCUACCCUUAUAACGGACGUAGAAUUUAUCUUGAUGGAUGCUUUUUUCGAGUGGAUGAUUACAUGUUCUAUGACCAGUAUUUAGGUCCAGAGGAUAGGCAUUUAUGCGGAAACAGGACGAAAAAGGGUGCAUUGUUCCAACAGAAUGCUAGGCGAGCCGUGCAGAAAGCUGUUGCAAAUGCACCGAGUAAUGAUGGUUAUGCACGUGCCGAAGUGUCAGUACACGGUCCUUUCAACGAAACAGCUUACGUUCUCGCUGAUUGUUGGAAGACACUGAACGCGAACUCCUGCGCAGCGUGUUUGCGAAAUGCAUCUGCAUCUAUGUUGGGAUGCUUACCUUGGUCUGAAGGUAGAGCCCUUUACACUGGAUGCUUCAUGAGGUAUUCUGAUUCAAAUUUUCUCGAUGAUACUUCUACCAGUGGAGGUUCGUCAUCAAGGGGAAAAGUUGUAGUCAUUGUCAUAAUUGUUGUAAUUAGUUCCGUUGUCGUUCUGGGAGCAGCUAUUUUUGUUGUUUUUGGUGUCUGGAAGAAGAAACAAAUCCAGCAGAAGAGAAAAGGUGCAAAUGAUGUUGAGAACUUCAAGUAUUCGGCACUUGACAAAGCCACGGGGUCAUUUGAUGAGGCCAACAAGCUCGGGCAAGGCGGAUUUGGCACAGUUUAUAAGGGUGUUUUGGCAGACGGAAGAGAGAUCGCCGUCAAAAGGCUGUUCUUCAACAACAAACACAGAGCUGCAGAUUUUUAUAACGAGGUUAACAUUAUCAGUAGCGUCCAGCACAAAAAUUUGACAAGGUUAUUAGGAUGCAGCUGCUCAGGACCGGAAAGCCUUCUUGUAUACGAGUUACUCCCUAACCAGAGUCUUGAUCGCUUCAUAUUUGACCCUAUCAAAGGUAAAGCUCUAAAUUGGGAGAAAAGAUUUGAGAUAAUUGUAGGGACAGCAGAAGGAAUGGUAUACCUACACGAGAACACAAAUACACGAAUAAUUCACAGAGACAUUAAGGCAAGCAACAUCCUGUUGGACUCGAGGCUCCGUGCAAAGAUUGCUGAUUUUGGGCUGGCCAGGUCGUUUCAAGCAGACAAGAGUCACACAAGCACUGCCAUUGCUGGCACAUUAGGAUAUAUGGCUCCAGAAUACUUAGCGCGCGGUCAACUAACAGAAAAAGUAGACAUCUACAGCUUUGGAGUUCUUCUACUAGAGAUUGUUACUGGAAGACAAAAUAACAAGAGAAACAACGCCGAAUAUACAGUCAGCUUAGUUUCCGAUGCAUGGGAGCACUUUCAACGUGGGAUAGUGGAGGAUCUGUUCGAUCCGAAUCUCAUGUUGCAUAACAACCAUACAAUAAAUGUGAAAAAUGAGGUUGCAAGAGUGUUGCAUGUGGGACUUUUGUGCACUCAAGAGAUCCCAACGUUACGUCCAUCCAUGUCCAAGGCAUUACAAAUGUUCAUCAAGAAAGACGAAGAGUUGCCUCCUCCUACUAAGCCGCCAUUCGUGGAAGAGAAAACCAUGGAAACUCAUAACCCUAGGGAGAAGUACUCGAUAAAAGAAGGCGCUUCUGCUACGAUUGCCAACUUAUCUCACAGUUCAUUUUACCCCAGAUGAUGAUAUCCCAAUGCCCUGAAAAUGAAUUAUAAAUUGUAGGCAUGAUAUAUAGAUAGACACAUUAAAUUGACCUCAACUGGCCAUCAAACACUCCACUUUUGGCUAUGCACAUCUAGACACCUAUUUUGGGAUUCAAUGUGGAUGUGAGGCCUCAUUUGUUUUCAUUAAGAUUUAGAUGUUUGAUUCUGAAUGUACAUUUGACUGAUUAAGAUGGUUUGUUUCAACAUCUGAA